UUUCCACGCCCCCUGUGCUCCAUAACUCAAUCCGGGUCUCUAGGUGGAAGGAACAGAGAGGAGGAGGAGUAUAUAGAGGAACACAGGGGUCUGUACAAGGACGUGAUGAUGAGGAAUCACCGGCCCCUCACAUCACUGGAUGGACCCAGUAACAGAGAUACCCCAGAGAGAUGUCCCCGUCCUCUGUAUUCCCAGGACUGUACAGAGGAGAAUCACAGGAUCCCACAGGAGGAUCAGGUUGAACGUCUGAUUGAUAUUAAAACAGAAGAUAUAGAGGAAGAAGAAGAGACGUAUGUGACUGAUAUAAAGGCAGAAGAUAUAGAGGGAGAAGAAGAUACGUAUGUGACUGAUAUAAAGGCAAAAGAUAUAGAGGGAGAAGGAGAGACGUAUGUGACUGAUAUAAAGACAGAAAAUAAAGAGGGAGAAGAAGAGACGUAUGUGACUGAUAUAAAGGCAGAAGAUAUAGCGGGAGAAGAAGAGACGUAUGUGACUGAUAUAAAGACAGAAGAUAUAGAGGGAGAAGAAGAGACGUAUGUGACUGAUAUAAAGGCAGAAGAUAUAGAGGGAGAAGAAGAGAUGUAUUUGACUGAUAUAAAGACAGAAGAUAUAGAAGGAGAAGAAGAAACGUAUGUGACUGAUAUAAAGGCAGAAGAUAUAGCGGGAGAAGAAGAGACGUAUGUGAGGAGUGAUCAGCAGUGUAAGGAGGAGGAGAUCCCUACAGAUAUCAGCACAGCAGAUGGACACACAAGCAGGAACAUCUCAGAAGGACAUCUAAUGUUAUCCCCGGGCUGUGACAUAAAAGAUAAUGACAGUAGACAGGAUUCUCCAGGAGAUAACCCCAUUACCCCAAUUAUACAUCCAGCUCUAUCAGCUGGUCCCUCUGAUCCUGGGAAAUGUUCUCCUGAUCACUCUGAUAUUGGUGCAUCUGUUACAUCUCUGAGAGUAGAUACAGUGUUUCCCUGUUCUACAGAUGCCAAAUGUUUUACACAGAACACACAGCUUAUUACCAGUCAGACAGGUAAGGCAGGGGAGAGGCCAUUUCCAUGUUCUGAGUGUGAGAAAUGUUUUACACGGAAAUCAAAUCUUGUUACACAUCAGAGAAGUCACACAGGUGACAAGCCACUGAUAUGUUCUGAUUGUGGGAAAAGUUUUACAUUCAAAUCACUUCUUGUAGUACAUAAGAGAAUACAUACAGGUGAGAAACCAUAUUCCUGUUCUGAGUGUGGGAAAUGUUUUACAUACAAAACAACUCUUGAUGCACAUCAGAGAAGUCACACAGGUACAUCACCAUUUCCAUGUUCUGAGUGUGGGAAAUGUUUUACACGGAAAUCAAAUCUUGUUACACAUCAGAGAAGUCACACAGGUGACAAGCCACUGAUAUGUUCUGAUUGUGGGAAAAGUUUUACAUUCAAAUCACUUCUUGUAGUACAUAAGAGAAUACAUACAGGUGAGAAACCAUAUUCCUGUUCUGAGUGUGGGAAAUGUUUUACAUACAAAACAACUCUUGAUGCACAUCAGAGAAGUCACACAGGUACAUCACCAUUUCCAUGUUCUGAGUGUGGGAAAUGUUUUACACAGAAAUCGCAUCUUAUUAUACAUCAGAGAAGUCACACAGGUGAGAAGCCAUUUCCAUGUUCUGAGUGUGGGAAAUGUUUUGCACGCAAAUCAGAUCUUGUUAUACAUCAGAGAACUCACACAGGUGAGAAGCCAUUUUCUUGCUCUGAGUGUGGGAAAUAUUUUGCACAGAAAUCACAACUUGCAAGACAUCAGCGAAGUCACACAGGUGAGAAGCCAUUUCCAUGUUCUGAGUGUGGGAAAUGUUUUACACAAAAAUCACAACUUGUUGCACAUCAACGAAGUCACACAGGUGAGAAUCCAUUUCCAUGUUCUGAGUGCGGAAAAUGUUUUUCCUGGAAAUCACAACUUGUUACACAUCAGCGAAGUCACACAGGUGAGAAGCCAUUUACAUGUUCUGAGUGUGGGAAAUGUUUUGCACACAAAUCAGAUUUUGUUAGACAUAACAGAAGUCACACAGGUGAGAAUCUAUUUUCUUGCUCUGAGUGCGGGAAAUGUUUUAUCCGGAAAUCACAACUUGUUAGACAUCAGAGAAGUCACACAGGUGAGAAGCCAUUUCCAUACUCAGAAAUAAAUUAGCUCUUGCACACAAUAGACAUCACUCAGGUGAGGAACCAUUUUAUUCUGGAGUAUACUUAUCAUUGCCAUGUAAUGUUCCGCAAGGUUCAUAUCCUAUCUCCUGUGCUUUUUGCAAUAUACAUGCUACCGCAGGGUGAAAUAAUCAGAUGUCAUGUCCUUAUCUACCACUGUUAUACAGAUGACCUGUCUUUUUCUCCGGGUACUGAGAACCCAAUACCAAUCCUAAAUGUCUAGCUGAGCUCCAGGUGUGGGUGAUGCCAGUUGGCUGUGACUCAGUACUGGUGAAACAGGUCCUUAUGAUAGAAGCUCACCAACAAAGGACAGGGCUACAGCUCCGCUUUACCUACCAACCAGACUUACGCUUGUGGGUUCAGAGUUACAAAAUGCGGAUCAUGUGCGGAAUCUUGAUGUCCUGGAUGGUGGAGUGACACUUAGACAUCAGUAUCAGCCACAAUCAUAUCCCCAUCUGAGGAACAUAGCCAGAUUCCAGCACUUAUUUCCCUCAGAUCUACCUACAGUCAUACAUGCACUUGUAUCAUCACACAUAGACUACUGCAAUGUCCUCUACCUGGGUCUCCUAGCAAAAGAAUUGCAGAGCUUAUAGCUUGUACAGAAUGCAGCAGCCAGGCUGUUACCUAACCAGCCCGUUCCUGCCACAUAACACCCAUUCUCUGCUCCCUUCACCGACUGCCUGUAAGAUUGUGACUCUAUUACAUAAUCUGACUCUCCCAGCCCUACAUGACCAGGGUCCAUGGUACCAGAAGCAACUUCUGUGUCCUUACUGCCCUGGUUACUUCCAUCUGAAGAUGAAGGACUGUUACCAGCAGUACCAAGAAUCCCCAAGCAGGGCUGAGAUGUCAGGGAGGAAACAGGGCAGUGGCAGCAGUG